GCAUAAAAGAGAGAUUGAGAAGGAAAAAUAAUGCAACUUAUCCCUAACACAGAUCAAGAAGUCAAAUGGUCAAAGCCUGCAUCUCCUUCGCCUCCGGCGCAUGUUAGUAAAAGGCAAUACCAGAUCUCACCACAUCAGUCCCCAUCCUCUGCGCCGUAUGCUCCAUAACUACACCAGACAAGCACAAAAGUUGAAGCUUUUCACCCAUCGUCUUCUUCAUUUCCAUAUUCCUUAUCCUCCCCUCAACCCUGCAACACACACACACCCUCCUAGAAUACUUACAUGGCUCACCACACCACCCGCAGGCGCAUCUUAGCAUGCCCAGACCCCGCUUCCAACUCGCCAUCCAUGGAUCCCACCCUCAAAAAUCUCACCAAACCCACCUCUAGUCACCCAACUAACAAAAACCUAGAUCACAUAAUUCAUUCUAAACCUUUCUACAUGUCAAACCCCUUGUCAAAACUCAACUCAAAUCGUAAAUUUGGUGCAAUUACCCAGAAACCCACCAAGAAUCCACCUCCUCCUUGUGUAGAUUCCCAUUUGCAAGCUAAAUCUUUGACUCUUUCAGCUGAUUUUGAUGGCUCUAGGCUUUCACUCGUCAAGCCAAAGCAUCAGUACUCAAAGAAAUUGGAAUCAAUUGUGGAUAAAGGGAGCAGAAUCAAAGCAACAAAGGAAGGUUCUGAUGAGAAGGUCAAGAAAGUUUCAUCUGAAGGGUUGGUGGACAAGAAGAAAAUUCAAGAAAUGGCAGUGAAUGAAAAGAAGAAGGAAAUAUCUUCCAUAGUGAAAGCUAAUAAGGAAGUUAAGGAUCUAACUGAAGGGCUUGAUAUUAAGAGGAUGACAGUUUCAUUAGGUGGUGGUAGAAGAAGAUCCUUCUGUGGCUCACAAGUGGAGUUGGCUGAUUUUCUGGCUCAUAAUGGUGCUAAAGUUGUGUCAGUUGAUAUGCCACCAUAUAUGCAGAUCCAUGCUGUUGAUUGUGCAAGGAAGACUCAUGACAGUCUUGAAAAGUUCACCUCCAAGACCCUUGCACUCACUCUUAAGAAGGAAUUUGAUGGGGUUUAUGGGCCGGCAUGGCACUGCAUUGUGGGGACAAGUUUUGGAUCCUUUGUGACUCAUUCAGUUGGAGGGUUUCUGUAUUUCUCAAUGGAUCAAAAGUUGUAUGUUCUCUUGUUUAAGACUACAGUACAAAGAGCAGAGUAAAUCAUUCAACUAUAUAUGAUUUGGGACUUGAAGCAUUUCUAGACUAGGUAAGUUAAUUAGUAAAGCUAAAAGAUGAAAGCAAUUGUCGUCACUUUUGCAGCUUGUAUAUUGUUUUUGCUUAGGAAAAAGCAGUAUAUGAUAUGAAAAUUUCACCUUUUCUCCUGUUUAA